AUGAUGGAUGGCGAUGUAGUUGCAAAAUGGACGGUUCCACUACAGGAUAAGGUGCAUCGAAUAGAAUUCGAACAUGGCACAACCACAGGAAAGCGAGUAAUCCGAGUGGAUGGCAAGGAAAUCUUACGACGAGAUUGGAUGUUCAAAUUGGUCGGAAAGGAAACGUUUCAGCUUGGAAAAAUGAAAUGCACUAUCACAGUCGAAGCGCUUGGCACAUUUGCUUACGAAUACUCAUUAGAGGUGAAUGGGAAAAACUACGAGAAAUUUCGAGAAGAACAAAGCAGGAAAUUAUUGUGUUGGGAAACACAUAUUGGUGGAGAAGAGACGAGAAUCGUACUGGAUAAAGAAACGAUGGAAGUAUGGGUAAAUGGGAAUAAAAUCGACACCGCUGGUGAAUUUGUGGCUGAUGGCACCGAGACUCAUUUUGAAGUUGGACGACAUGUAUGCAAAAUUCGAGCCACGAGUAGUGGUCGAAAGAAAAUCGGUGUUGUGCAUGAUUUGUACGUUGACGGCGAGCCAGUCCCUCAGAUGACGUUUUCGAAGGCGCGAUAAGUUUGUCGCGCCACUCAUCUUGUAUUUAUUUUGUGUAUAUUUACAUACGAGUUAUUUGUAAGUCGAAGGCAGCAUCCAUCCAAAUCUUUGCUUUCCAUGUUUUUGUUAAACUAGAGCC